AUGACUGAACCAUCAGCACCAGCAGCAGAGGAACCUGAAAUGAAGAAGAAGAACAGAGGUACAACCUGCGAAAGCGACCUCGAGUUAAUUACGAGCAGCUUCACCAUGGAUACUGAAAUCACGCGUGAAAAUCCACCGCCAACAGAGACGAUUCACUUGUCGCCAGAAAUCACACUGCACCCAUAUGCUGUCAAAUGGAAGAUAUCGAACGGACAGCAACUCGACACGAGGGAAAUUGAGUGUCCAGCAAUACCCUUCUGCUCACAAGUGAAUUGCUGGUUCUGUACAGCCAACAUUCUCAAUCCUGAGUGCCAUCCUCAAACUGCAAUCAUAACCAUUGCUAUUGUGUUGUAUGGCAUUGUGGCGCUGAUAUAUACCAUAUGCUAUGUGCCAGUAGUAGUGGGAUUACCGAUCAGAGUUCUGCUCGUAAUAACACAACGAAUCUUCAGCAUGUGCUUCCUGGCAGCAUACACCUGCUUUUCGAAACUGCGGGUCAAGCUAACUCGAAGGGCACAACCAACAAAAUUCAUUGCUCUUUUGUUCAUUAUCUGUAUCGCACAUCUUGCUCAAUCAUGUCAAGACGUUGACGUGUUCGAGCUACGCGCAACUACCUGCAUACGAUCAGGAGACGGCAACAGAACUUGUGCAGUGGAUAUUACUCAAAUGCUCAAGAUGAAUACGUUUCAUCGAGAAACAUGCUUUCGACUUCUCACACGAGACACCCUUCUGAAAGAAAUACGACUGGAAUGGAAGCGUCUUCAGCUGAUAUGCGACAGACAAACAGUUAUGUUCACGAGGCAUGUUAUCCAGCAAGUGAUAGAUUCGAAGCGGUGUCCACGAACAGGAAGUUGUAAAGGCCGAAAGUGUGCAAGUGUCAACACACAAUCUCUGGUCCCGGAACUAUCCCAAGGAAACAAGUUUCCUGGAAUCACCCACUGUGUGGAGAGUUGCGGUGGCAUAGGAUGUGGAUGUUUCUACCCUAGCAGUGAAUGUCUGUUUUACCGAAUAUAUGCUACUCCCGUAAACGACAACAUCUACGAGAUAUUCCGCUGCUUUACGUUGGAAGGAAGUAGUCUAAAGGAGAGACCACGGAGAAACACUAUAAUACUUCAACCAACUAUUCCACAGAACGUAGGAACCAUGAGAAUCACCCUAUCUUCGGUCACCGUCACUCCUACUCCGGCACUACAAACGUGGUUUAUUACCGAAGGUAAUAAUACGGCACGAUGGACAGGAUCAAACAUUCCAACUUUGGAAUGCCCUUCCAAAAAAGCCGCGAAAGUGUUGGAUUGUGAGAUUCACACUAACUGUAGAUGCCAGCCCGCAGAGGAUAAAAUGAACUGUAUUUGCACUGAUACCAACAUCACCAAAGAUUUCAAUAGCGAACUUCGCAACCGACUACCACUGCGAUACCCAUGGAUUGAGUUCGAGGAAUACCAUCCCAAAGAGGAACUCAAUACAGUAAAGGCGAUACCUACCGCUUGUCCACAGCUGAACUGCUUGUGA